AUGUACGCUCAUGACAACGACGUUCGUCAAGGCAAGCAAGUCGCCAAUCUGCGGACGGCUUAUACGAGUUCGGAUGUUAACUUCACCGUCAAGGUCGAAGGAAAGGCUCUCAAGCCAUUCACGAUUUACUAUUACCAGUUCAAUGUCUGCAAUUCCGAUGUCAAGUCCCCUGUCGGCAGAACUCGAACCCUACCGGAUUCGGGUACCAAAGUGAGACGGGCAAUUAAGCUAGCUGUCUAUAGCUGUGCCAACUACCCAUUCGGAUUCUUCAAUGCCUACGGGAAUCCCGAGCGGAAAGACUCCGUGGACUAUAUCGUCCACCUCGGCGAUUAUAUUUACGAGUAUGGGAACGGCGAGUAUCCCGUCGGUGGCUUAGGAUGGGGAAACUCCAUGCGUCGCGUCCCCGAGCCCAAUCGCUCAUGUCAUACGCUCUACGAUUACCGACGACGCCUUGCCCAGUACCGCAGCGACCCUGACCUUCGCGCUAGCCAUCAAAAGUUCCCCUGGAUAACUGUCUGGGAUGACCACGAGGUGAUGGACAACCCCUACCGAGACGGCUCCGCAGGAAUGAACAACACCGAACAGUCAUUUAUCAAAGACGACGGCAUAUCUGUGGAAGCGCGCAAGAUGAAUGCUGUGCGCGCAUACUUCGAAUGGAUGCCCCUCCGUCAGGUUGAUAUGGACGACAACCUACGCAUCUGGCGUAGCUUCCAGUUCGGCGACCUCUUCAAUCUCAUCAUGCUCGAUACCCGCAACUACGAUCGCUCCAUCACCGACCUAUACUGGAACACAGGCUACGUUCAUACUAUUAGUGAUGAUACCAGCCGCUCACUGAUGGGCUCUCGCCAAGAAAACUGGUUCUACCGUCAGCUCAUAGAGUCAGCCUCCACAACACGAUGGCGUGUCGUUGGUAACCAGGUAGUCUUCAGCAAGAUGAACCAGAGCAUCUCCAAUGGACCCAAGAACCCGUUCAACUACGACCAGUGGGACGGUUACGCUGCUAACCGAAACCGGACGCUCAAGACGCUCUACGAUAACAGCAUCGACAACACAGUGUUUUUGGCCGGCGAUAGUCAUGCAUCGUGGGUCAGUGACCUUGUCUGGCUUGGCGAAAAGGACUACAAUUCGGAGACUGGGGCCGGUUCCAUCGGGGUUGAGUUCGCCGGCACAGCCGUCACCUCGCCUUCAUCGGCGGGUCAAAAUAUUACCCAGGAGAAAGCUCUUAACAGAAGCGCUUGGUUGACCGCUGCGAACCCAGAGCUGCAGUGGCAGGAGUACUACUACCGCGGCUACUUUGAGAUGACCAUCGACUACGACGCAGUCAACGCUACCUUCUUUGGGUUGCCCACUUACGCCACGAGGAACGGACUCGAGAUCGCGCUGGCAAAUUUCACGGUCCUCGCUGGGGAGAACAAGCUACGGCGCCCCGUUGGUGGAGACAGCGUGGAGUUUGGGAACCUGAAAGGCGGCGUCACGAAGCAGACUAAUCUGACCAAUGACACUAACACUGGAGAAUGGUCCGUGUUUGAGAGUUCGAAGCUAGGCUAG